AUGGAGAAUCUGGGAAUCCUUGAGGUACAAGUUGCACACAUCUCAUUAGAGAUGGCAGACAAGACCAUGAAGAAGCCAUAUGGCUUAGUGGAGGAUGUUUUGGUCAAGGUUAAAAACCACUACAUCCUUGCAAACUUCAUAGUCUUGGACAUUGGAGAGGAUGAGGAUGACUGUGUCAUCAUUCAAAGAUCAUUCUUAGCUACUGCAAAAGCCUUGAUUAAUGUAGCUAAGGGAGAAAUGGUUUUCCAAUUAAGAGAGGACUACAUCUUAUUCAAGAUAUCCAAUCCUAAUUUUCCCUCUAAUAAGAAAGAGAUAAUUGUGCAACACCUAGUGUGCCAACCCUCUCUUUCUAUGCAGAGCUCUGCAGAGCCCCAGACAUCAAUUCUAAGUCUGGUAUUGGGCAGCCCUCAACAAGCUCUAAGCACAAAGAAAUGGGAAGUAACCCUGAGAGUCAAUGAGGAUGACUUCGUGCUGAAUGCUGUUAAAGCUAUGCAGCAUCCAGACACCCCAAAGGAGUGUAUGAGCAUUGAUAUCAUUGAUUCCCUAGUGGAAGAGGUGAACAUAGUUAAGAGACUUGAAGAAAAGUUGGAUGACAUCUUUAUGAUGCCAAGCCUAACUUGGAGACGCCAGAAGAAAGGAAGGAGACCUUAA